AUGGCAACAAAUAAUUCAAAUGGAUGUUCGACUAUAGCAUCAUCCGAAACAUCUGUAUUUUAUCCAAUUCAUCAAAAUGACUGUCAUCAAACUAUCUGUGAUACUACACAAAUUAUUACUUCUUCUACUACUACUACCACAACAGCUACAACAACUUAUUCACGAAAUAAAAUUUCUAUUCUACAACCAACAACAUUAUUAAUUCAUAAAAAUGAUGGAAAUGGUAUGUUACCAUUAAUUGAUAUAAAAAAAAAUGGUAAUAAUAUGAUUGUUAAUGAUAAAUCACAACAGUCAAGAAAAUCAUUGAUUGAAGUGUCGUAUAAUGUAAAGAAAACGGAUGUAAGAUGUGAUUUUUGUAAUGGAACACGUUAUAUUAUACUUAUAAUGGCAGUUCUAAGUUUAACAGCUACACGUGCUAAUGAAAUGACAUUUAAUUUAGCAGUUAUUUGCAUGACAUCAAAUGCUACUGUUGAAGGGGUUGAACCAGUAAAAAUAUCACCUCGAGAAACGAGUACAAUAUUUGCCGGUGGUGGCUUAGGUGCUAUAAUAUUUGUUUUACCAAUCGCAUAUGCACUUCAUCGUUUCGGUUCACAAAUUGUUUUUAGUAUUCUUUUACUUUUUUCAUCAUUUGGCACUGCAUUAAUGCCGUUUGCUGCACGUCAAGGUGUUACCUGGAUGGUAUGUAUACGUAUCACACAAGGUAUAGCGUUAGCUUCAGCUAUGCCUUUAAUGGGUUGUGUUAGCGCAAGUUGGGCUCCUAUCGCAGAGAUUGGUCAUUUUUUAACUUUACUCUCAUUAGGUGGUCAAUUAUCACAAAUUAUCACAAUGCCAUUAGCAGCACAUUUAUGUGUUACAUUCGGAUGGCCAUCAGCUUUCUAUUCAGCUGCAAUUAUAUCUGCCACCUUAGCAUUCACAUUUUUCAUUUUUUAUCGAAAUGAUCCUAUGAAACAUCCAUGUGUCUCUGCUACUGAAGCACUUCUUAUCACUGAAGGAGCACAACGUAAGCGUCGUAAAGAGAUAGCAAUACCAUAUCGAUCUAUUGUAACCAGUCGUUCUGUUUGGGCAAUUUGGUUUGCAUUUUUGGGUAAUGCAUUUGGAUUUCAACUUCUUGUUCAAUUUAUGCCAACAUAUCUUAACAAAACUUUGGCAGUUCCAAUUGAACGAACUGGUUUAUCAGCAAUAUUACCACCUUUUGUUCAAUUAGUUAUUAAAAUGAUUGCCGGUGUUCUUUCUGAUAAAAUAACAUGCAUUUCGGAAAAAUUUAAACUUCAAUUGUUUAAUACAAUUGCAAUGGUCGGUUGUGCUUCAUUCAUAUUACCACUUGGCUUUCUUAAUUCAAAUAAUGUUGCAAUUGCUUUACUUUGUUUUACGGGUGCUGUAAGUUGCAUUGGGUUAAUUGCUUGUGGUUCAAUGAAAUCAGCAACAUUAAUUGCUCGUACAUUUACUGAAUUUGUUAUGGCUGUUGUUCAACUAGUUAUAUGUAUCAGUAUGCUUUUGGUACCAUUUGUGGUUAGUACAUUAGCACCGAAUAAUACCAUAAUGGAAUGGCGCUAUAUUGUCUUCACGACAGCAUUCAUUUUAAUGCUAUGUAAUGGAUUAUUUUGUUGGUUAUGUAGUGCUGAGCCAGAACCUUGGGCUUUAUUAAUUGAACAAAAAUGUCAAAAUCAUUGCGAUGUUAAAGGAAAAUUAGGUCAACAAGAUAUAGCAUAA